ACAGCACUGCCCUGCCCGCCAUCAUGAGCACAGGCAGAGCAGGCGUCACCCUCCUGCUCCCCCUGGCCCUACUGCUUCUGGCCACCGCCUCCCAGCCCCCUGGAGGGGACACCCCAAAGGACCAGGGGGACACAGACUCCUCACGCUGCCCCAGCCCUUGUGCCUGCAGCUUGGACGACUACAGCGAGGAGCUCAAUGUCUUCUGCAGCACCCGCAACCUAACACGUCUGCCUGAGGACGUGCCCCCCAAUGCCAAAGCCCUGUGGCUGGAUGGCAACAACUUCACCCUGCUGCCGGCCGCUGCCUUCAGGAACCUCUCGGCCCUGGACUUUCUGGACCUACAGAGCAGCCAGCUGGCCACUGUGGAGCAGCAUGCCUUCCAUGGGCUGCGGAACCUCUACCACCUCCACCUAGAACGCAACCGUCUCAAGCACUUGGCUCCCCACACCUUCCUGCACACCCAGAACCUCGUCUCCCUGAGCCUCAACAACAACUACUUCAGUAAGGUGGAGGAAGGGCUCUUUGCUGGGCUUUCCAACCUUUGGUAUCUGAACCUGGGCUGGAACUCACUCGUCGUCCUGCCUGACAAGGUCUUCCAUGACUUGCCCAACUUGAGGGAGCUGAUCCUGGCUGGGAACAAGCUCCCUUACCUCCAGCACCAGCUUUUCUGCAGCCUUACUGAGCUGAAGGAGCUGGACCUGAGUGGGAAUGCGCUCAAGGGCAUCAAGAUCAACAUCUUUGUCAAGUUGCAGAAGCUACAGAAGCUGUACCUGAACCACAACCAGAUCAAUGCCAUCGCACCCCGUGCCUUCAUGGGUAUGAAGUCCCUCCGGUGGCUGGAUCUCUCCCACAACCGGCUCGUCUCACUGUUUGAGGACACGUUUCUGGGCCUCCUGAGUCUGCACGUCCUACGUUUGUCCACCAACUCCAUUACCAGCCUGAGGCCUAGGACUUUCAAAGACCUCCAGUUCCUGGAGGAGCUGCAGCUGGGGCACAACAGGAUCCGGAACCUGGCAGAAAGGACCUUCGAUGGGCUGGGCCAGCUGGAGGUCCUAAGCCUCAACAACAACCAACUACAGGACAUCAGGGUUGGGGCAUUCCUGGGGCUGUACAACGUGGCGGUGAUGCACUUGUCUGCAAACUGCAUCAAGGUCCUGCCUGACUAUGUCUUCAAGGGGGUCACCAAAUUGCACAGCCUCCACCUGGAGCACAGCUGCCUUGGCAGGAUCCGGGUGAACACUUUCUCCAGCCUCUCCAGCCUGCGGCGGCUCUUCUUGCAGCACAAUUCCAUCUCUGUCAUUGAAGACCAAAGCUUCAGUGAACUGCAUGAGCUCCUGGAGCUCGACCUGAAGCACAACAGGCUGAGCCACCUCUCGCCCCAGCUCUUUGUGGGUCUGAGCAACCUGGAGUACCUCUUUCUCUCCUUCAACCAGCUCCUAGAGAUCUCCCAGGACACCUUCAGCCCUCUCCAGAGACUCUUCUGGCUUGACCUCUCCCAUAACCAGCUGGAGACACUGGACAACACUGUCAUCUCCCCCCUGGCCAACCUGCGGUACCUCAGCCUGAGGAAUAACUCACUGGAGACCUUCUCGGUGGGCUUCCUGUGCGCCUCCUUCGCCCUGGAGCAGCUGUGGCUGGGGGGAAACAACUGGCAUUGCAACUGCUCCCUGAAGGGCUUGCGGGACUUUUCCCUGCAGCACCCCGUGGUGGUCCCACGCUUUGUGCAGUCUGUGGCUGAGGGGGAUGAUGCCCACAUCCCUGUCUACACCUACAACAACCUCACCUGCCUCCAUCCCCCAGCUGUGGCAGGCCUGGACCUCCGGGACACCACAGAGGACAGCUUUGCUCACUGCUGAGGUGUGCUGGCCCCUCCCAGGGGACAUGCCAUUUCCCAGUCGUGGACCCUCACCUGCCACCUCCCUGGCCCUGUCCCAGGCUCCCCAGGGCAGCAGCAGGACCUCUGGCUCUAUGGCCAAGUCAGUUUAGCCCAGCUUUGCCACCACCUCCAGCUGCCCAUCUUGGUGCUUCCACUGCAAGGAGAGCUGUGCCUAGGUGAUGCUGGAUGGGCACUGACUCCCCAGACUUCAAACUGAAAUAUUUCAGUCCUUUAAAGUAGCACCCCCUGGAUCAGCAUGGUCAUUCCCAGCUCCCACCAGGAGCACAAGCAUCUCAGUCUCUGUGAUGGGGGAAAGAUGCAGACCCAGCCCAGAGCCCUCCCCAUGGUGAGGGGCAUCCCUGCUGGGGCCAGGACUCAUCAGCAGGACAAAGCAAAGCAUCUUCCUGCCACAGAGCAGCCAAGAAAUCCUAAAAGCUGCCCGAGCUCCACAGUAGGUUAGGGAAGGGGGGAAAAUGACUUGCUUUAAUCAUUCCUUGCACUAGCAGGUGUAGGCAGGGUGCAAAAAGCCACACAUGUCACUUACCUGAUAA